GAGUCAACAAACGCUCCAAAAAAUAUCGAUUUGCUCAAAAUCUUUACGCCAGCAACAGAUGCCAAUGAAAUUGUUCCAAGAAAUCGCAAGUUAUAUUCUUCAUCGGCAUUUUAUUCACCUGCAUUGCAUCCAACGGUGGAAGAUCAGGUGGAACUAGCACGCAGAAUAUCACAUUCAUUGAGCGACAUAAGCAACCAGAAAUCGAAAGGACAAUCAAUGUAUGUGAAUCGCAAAAAACGCUCUGUUAAAUGGGUUCAUGAAGGUGCUGGGCAAGAUUCAUCUGCCAAGGAACAAAGUUAUCAGGAGAAAUUCAAAGAAAAUAAUGCGUCUCUUAACACUGCAACACAAUCACCAACUCUAAGCUCACCACUUAAUCAAGUGCCUCUUCGAUUUUUAAUGAAUCCAUUUGGAAAGAUUCGUGACAUAACGUCAGUGAGUGACUCAUUUAAUAUUGAAACUGGUCUUUUAUCUCCUAAUAAAUGUGCGGAACUCGUGACGGCGUUACAGACUCAAAAGGGCAAAGGUGCUGAACUUUUUGCCAAGCGCCGAAGGAAAUCUGAGAAAUGGGUAGUUGAUGAUACAAAUACAGGCAUUGAAAGUCCAUCCGGUCUUCCAGAUUACCAUCAGCAGCAGUCACAGUUCAAGCCAGCAGCAUCUCCGAGUAUUUUACCUGCUUAUUCUGACGCCGGAAAGCACCGUGUACAAUUGAAUUUGCAUCAAGAGCAAGUACUAGAAAAAUAUAUUAAACCUGGUUUGAAAGUAGUUAAAACGCCAUGGGAAGCAGCACUUGAGACUGGUUCAGCUAGCACAGCUUUUAUAGACGACGUCCAACAUACUCAGCAUGCAAAAACACCAACAUUAUCUCCAAUCCCAGUAACGGAUUAUAAAUCUAGUCACCACCACACUACCAACCCAGUGGCAUAUAAGAACGGCUUCAUAGCUGAUUACAGCAUAACACCUUCUCAUGAGCAACCACAGAAACAUUUUCCAACAGUCAAACCAGACUUCGGCCACAACCCUCAACGAGAGUUGGCAUAUAAGCCUAGUUUAGCAAAAGGUUGGAAAGCGCCCAGUCCUUCACUACCGAAAGAGCUUUAUUUACCUAAGGAAAUAUCAUUGGAAAGUUAUGCUCCACCACCGGUGAUAACCAUGAAGGAACCCGGGAACUUUAAGUCAUCUCGAGGUUUCGCAUCAACAAUGCUUCCCAGAACUGGUACCUUCCCUUUGGCGAAACCAAAUCCCGUUGAAUUCAGAAGUUACGGUCAACCAAAUAGCAGUGGACAAGUACACCAAGAAACUUCUCAGCUUGUGCCACAAAUAAAUUAUAAUAUAUUACCAUUACCUUAUGACAAGAUCGCUAAGUUCGAGAAUGUUGGUGAGCAAGCACAAAACAAUGAUUACAACACACAAAUUCGACGAAUAUCUGUUAAGUCUAACCAUAGCCAAAAUUCAAAUAUUCUGUCAACAUCAUUCGGAGAAAAAUCAGCCAAUGGCGAGUGGUUGACAACUUCGCCAUAUCAUUCUAAGUUUCCGACAACGAAUAUUAAUUAUGUUGAGACUUCUCCAGUCUACACAAAACGAAUUAAUCCCAAUGCUUUAUUGCAUGGUCAAAAUUAUAAUAAUACAGCGCGUGGCUGGAAGUCAAGUGCCGUGUGUUCCUGUAAGUCGCCAUGUGAUAACAAUUUUAAGGCCCCCAAUAUUGGAAACUUACCUUACACAGAUUUUUAAAAAAUGUAUAUGUAUAUGUACUAAAUCGUGAAUUGUCAAAUACGUGAAAUCUUAUGAAGAUACGAAAUUUAUGUAUAUAUUUCCAUUACAUUAUUUCGUAUAAGUUUUUCGACAUUUUAUACUAUAUUUUACAUCAUGAUAUUAUAUAAUAGUUGCAAAUGCACAUAUCAACUUAAUAGUCAAAUAUAUAUGAUUUUUUCUUCUUUUUUACCCUAUGGAAGCAAAAUAACAAUAAUCCGAUCUUGUUUGUCUAUUUAUAUAAGUUUACACAACUGUAAGCGUGCUAUAAUUGAAUAUCAUUAACUCAGUGAAAAAUUAACACUGAUUCUUAAAAUUUCGAAUAAAUUAUCCUACACUUGAAUAAACAAUGAUUAAAAAAUUAAA